GUAACCAAAAGAUAAGGAGAUUUAGCAUGACAAAAUGGCCGAAGCAAGGGGAUAUGAAAGAGUUGAAGACUCUGAUAUUCGAAUUCUUCUAGUAGGACAAACUGGUCACGGAAAAAGUUCAACUGGAAAUGCAAUUGCUGGACAAAAUUUUUUUGAGACAUCGGGAGGUGCAUCAUCUAAAACAGAAACAUGUAAAUGGUCAAAGCAUAUUUCCCGGUUAGGCAGAAACAUAGAGGUGGUAGAUACUCCAGGAUUUCAAGACACAAAGUUUUCCCCUCGAGAAACAUUGAAUGAGCUAUUAAAGGCACUUAUAUUCACAGCACCAGGUUUUCACGCCAUUGCAUUUGUAUUAAGACGUGGUAGAUUUACGGAGGAAAUUAUAAAAACGAAGAAAAUAUUUUUUGACUGGUUUGGUCAGGAUGUUGGACAGUAUGCUUGUUUGAUAUUAACGGAUACCAAUGAACAGGAUCUAGAAGAUUUUUUGUCGGAAAAACCGGGCCAAGAACUUUCAGAGUUGUUACGUCUGUGUGAGAAUAGAGUUAUCCCUUUUGACAACAGGUAUACCGGAAGUACAGACGAACAGGUUGAGAAAUUGUUUAAAACAAUUGAAGAAAUGAAACAAAAAAACAUACCUCCGUACUUUUCCAACGUCGCCUAUAAACUGGCGGAUUUAUAUGCCCGUAAUUAUCAAUCAAAGAACUGUAUACAAGUUGUUUUAGAUGCUUUUAAGCAUCCUGGAGAAUUUGUGAGAGUCACACUUGAACAGUUUGACCAUUUUAAGCGAGUGGUGAAGAUGCUAUCUGCUCCGUUUCAGGCUAAAUCAAAAUCUAGUUCGAAUCAGCUUGAGAAAGAGGACACGACAGAAUUGCAACUAAUUUCACAGGAUAUGAAUGAAUUACAACUUGUACAAAAGCCUGCAUUGAAACUUCAAACUGCUACCACCGAUCACAGAUUGCAGAACAUUAGAACAGAAAUAGUAUAUGAUCAAUGCACAAGCAGCCACACGAAACAAUGCGCAGUUUUACGUAAGGAGACCUCAACAGCAGUAACUGCUGCGACAAAAGAGAUCAAUAUGCAAAGAAAGAUGAUGCCAGUUGAAUCCAAGAGGUCGCAAACAGAAUAUAUACAGGACACAGGCAGAAACAGAAAAUCUACAAACACAACUUUACAAAGCGAGAAAACCUCACAUGUAAACGCUCACAAAUCCUCCACUUCUGCUGAAAUCAACCUCACAUCUAGUGAUAGUGACAGUUCUCCAAAAGACUAUAUGACGGAUAUGAAAGAAAACGUGAAUAAUGGCAGAAUAAAGGUCCAGUCGGUGGCUGAUUUUUUUUUAGCUUUUUAUGAAAUGGCGAAACAAAAGUUUCAGCCAAAGACAUGCACUUUAUCAUAAUAAAUGUUUCGAAAUUUCAAAAGAAGCAACAAAUAAGAAUUUUUGUGUCAACGAAACCUUGUACAAGGUGCAUUCAAUGUUCUAAUUUAAAAAUAUAAGAAAAAGAAAUAUUUAAACAUCUCUACUUAACACACAUCAUGUACAUACUUUCGAACUUUUGACAUCAUUGAGGAUAUCUUGCUGAGAUUCUGAAAUACAGUUGCGCUAACAUACUUUAGUAUCAAUAAACCGACUUUAAAAGUCGAACUAAGUUGUACACAAAGAUUACAUCACAAAGACUCUAAGGAAGUGACUUAAAAAGAAAAGAGAACUCCAAGAUUAAGUAUUAAACUUUUUAUCACGUUUGUGGUUCAUAUGCUGAAUUGUAAAAUAGUAUGUGGUAUAAUUACCUUAACUAAAAUACGUAGGAUGGGCCAAUUGUAAACGUAUGACAAACGUUGCAUGUCUACUCUCUACACUUAUUCUAUUGAAAUAUCAUAGGUAUAUGAUGUGUAGUCUAUAAUGAAACAAGAAUUGUAGACUUUACAAUCUAUCUGCCUUUAUGAUCUAUUUAAUUUUUGUACUUUAAACAAUCACGUUAUACACUUGGACACCGCUUACCAUCAUAAGAUGUUGCAACGUUUGCAUUUUUAAGUAAAUUGACUGGAAUUGUAGGCCUAUUGUAGACUUAUUAGCUCUGUGAAGCAAAUAUAAUACAAACUAGGAAACUAAUGCGACAGUCUGCAGAUGGAUUACCCAUGUCGCUUGAUUGACUGGUCUAUAACGUUUUAAGAAGUUGCAUUUUAUCUUUAAAAGCAAGACAAAGAUAAUCAAUUUAUUAAAGUUAAAAAUGCAUCGACUAUGCAAAAUAUUUUUUUCAUGUGCAAAGUUAGUUACAACCUGAGCGGGUUGCUAUAUCAAAUAUGUUUGCAAAUAUGAGUAGAUAUCGAGCACCAUUGGAUUCAAAAUGGCUGUUAGUUAGACGUUUUACUUCAUGUCUAAUUUUGCUUAAAAGAUAAACUGAUUCUUGAUGUACCUAAAAUAAUUACCGUAAAGUUGCUUGUUUUUCAGAUUUUGGUAUAAUGUGUUAGUAUAAAUUUAUUUGUGCAGAUGGCAUUAUUGUAUAUUUCGGCAGGAAAACAAUUGCUCAAAUAUUUGUUUGUUUCCAGUAAACAAGAGCGAUUUUUGUGCUUCCAUAGUUUUGUGCGACAGUUGUCUUUUUCCGUCAGACCGGAAAUGAGUUUUCACACAGCCAGAGUUAUUGUCAUUUUAUAGACGAAAUGCGCCCGUUUGUCCGUCCGUCUGAGUUUGUUUUAGUCAUAUUUUUAAACCACACCGAAACGUAAUUCAGCUUGUGAUGUUUCGCACCUGGUGUUUGAGGUGGGAUAUCACACAGCAAGAACAGAGUCAUGGGCAUUUACUAAGUCAUAAUGAAUCAUUACGUCCUUCCGAAUUUGUAUCCCACAUAUCUCAAAAAGUAUUUGACCCAUCAAAUUUCACAGGAUUGUCAUUCAGCAUGUAAUAUUAUACGUCUUGUAUUCAACUUGAGAAUUGUCACAGUCAGACCAGAGUAAAGACUUUUGACUUUGUCAAAAAUUUGCAUAAAAGGGUUUUUAAAAUUCAUGUCACAUUUUUAAAGAAUUUCUUAAAAUAGGAUUAUGAAACAGCGCAGGAAUAUUAUUUCGCAUGGUAAACUAUGCAGCUCCGAUUUUGUUUGAGAUUUCAUUCAGCUAGACGAGAGCUAUGAUCCUUGACUUAGUCAGAAGUGUGCAUAAACGGGCAUAAUGUUUGUAUCGCAAGUAUCUUCUAAAAAGUGUUUGAGCUAAGACCAUGAAACAUAACAAGAAUAUUAUUGACAUGUGAAGUUGGGUUUAGUUUGGGAUUCCUGUUAGGUAUGCUUACGGAAGGCCGCUGGUUCUACCCAGGUACCCGCUCGUGAUGAAAUAAUGCAUGAAGAGGCACAUUGGGUCUUCCUUUACAAUUAAAGCUGGAAAGUCACCAUAUGACCUAUCGGUGCGCCUUUAAAUCCAACAAAAUAAAAAAAUAAAUGUUAGGUAUGCACCUGGGGCUUUGUUUGAGAUUCCAUUUAGCCAGAUCAGAGUAAUGAUCCUUGACUUAGUCAAAAGUAUGCUUAAAGGGUAUUAUAGUUUUUACCGUGCGUAUCUCAGAAAGUAUUUGACUUCCUUAUAUAGAAUGAUGCGAAGUUGUUCAACAGGUGUCCUAGUUGGGAUUUCAUUCUGCCAGACCAGAGUUAUAGUCUUUAACGUAGUGAAAAAUCCACAUACAAUGCUUACAAGUUUAUGUUGCAUAUAUCGAAAAAAAAUAUACUUGAAUACAUAAAACCAUGUACAGUGAUAGAGUUGGGUGGUACAAAUGUCCUAUGGACACUCACAAAGUUUCACUCUUAUAUUCUUAUAAUUUACUUGAAAGAGAUGUUAUAAAUUGUUUCUUUCUUAUCUGAGCUGUAUUGAAAGUCCAUGCUCUGUUUAGAUAAUAUGCACGUACGAUCAAUUAAAUGAUAUUGAUUAGACGGUGAGUAGGUCGACUUACAGAUGUUCGGUGAUUGAACCGUGUGACUGAAUACUGGUCUAAUUAUAUCAUCAUGAUCAUGUUAUUGUGCUUUUUAUUCGACCUGGCGGGUCGGAAAUAAACUCUGACUUAUGCAAAUAAAAUUAAUUUCAAAAUAAACGAUAAUAAUCUUUGGGUAGCCAACGACUAAUAUUCAGCGAAACAUUGUUACAAUAAAAUAUAGUUGGCCACUGAAUAUGUAAACAUGUUUCCGAAUAUACUGCAUAUAUCAUGUACUAUAAUGCAACGGAAAGCCGCGAAACCCUGACUCGCCAGGUCGAUUUAAACGAACAAUAGCUUUCAAAAGGUUUAAGUACACUUUACUAUAUCCACAAUGUAUACCUUUAGUACAUGAGCCAAAGGGUUGAUUGGUACCAUCUCGGGGGAUUAAUUCUUAUACUGAUUUUUGGAAAGGUAUACAACCCUGGAGUAAGAUAAUAUGUGAUAGCAAUGUAUCGAUGGUAGCUUUUGGUGUGAUAUCAUCUUGAUAUAUGCCUACACUUAGAUACAAGUUCAGGUGAGCUAAAAUAUAGCCAAUGUAGGCAUACGAGUUAUGGAACAUAUGCUUUUCAGUUUGAAUAAUUGAUGUAUUUGUAACUAGUAUUUAAAAACAAACAAAACAUUUCCUUAAUUUUCGACAUUUUUGGGUUUGCUUCUUUUAAUAAAUGUUAAUUAAAAUAAUGAUUAUGUUUAACAUCUUAAUAGCAUGGACAAUUAAUAAGCAUAAUUAUAGCUCAUAAUUAGAUUUUCUUCCGAUGGAUGUUAGACCUUGAGGUACCAUCUCCCCCUGCCUUCCCUAAGGAUUCAAGGAAACAUUAUGACUUUCGGAAAGUACAUAACGAAUGCUUUUUAUUCCUACAUGAAUGCCGUUUAAACGUUAGGGCUUUUGUAACUUACGUAACAUUUAAUAUGUUUCCUAAAAACAUUUAAGACGAUGAAAUAGUGCUACACAAUGAUUAAGAAAAAGUGCAGUCUGUAGUUUAUUAACAACCUUAUACAUGUAUAACAAUGAAUUGAAUGUGCUUUAAAAUAAUAUAUCUUUCACGUACCCGUUAACAUCUUAAUUAGUGUAAUUUACGUAACAGUGAUUUUAUUCCAACAUUAUAGAUAUUUUACUUGUACUAAUCACCCAAUGACCAAGGUGUUUAUGAUUCUUCAAUAUAACUGAAAGUACAGACUGAAUAGUGUUUCUUAUAACUAUUUUUCUGCAGUGGUAGGAACUUUUCCAUGAUGUAAUCUCCGUAUAAGUUUUAUGUUACCAAAAUGUACAAAACUGAAAUUUCUGAAGUGAGGAAAAUGCCCUGCACAGAUCGGGAAAAAAUUAUAACAUUUUAUAAUAACUAUACAUAAUUUGUGUUGUUGAACUAGAUAUUUACUAGAAUGCAGUGAAUCACCAUCUCAUUUCAAUAGUUGUGCGAAUUUUACGUGACAAUAAUAUGUGUUACCAAAAUCAGUACAAAUCAAUUAUAAAUGUUCAAGAACAUAAUUAUACAUGUAUAUGUAUUGAAAUACAUUUUAGAAAUGGACCUUAAACAAGUAGAAAACAAACUGAUACUCAUUGGAACACCAUGGCUUUAUAGGGACAGAAUCAUUCUUAGUUUAAAUGUUAGAAAUCUCCUGACACUUACUUAUUAACAGAUGACACACAUAUUCAACCUUAAUUAUUUGACCUUCAACCGAUGUUUAUGUAAACAAGUAAAGGAACUUGCAGACAAUUCAAGCCUUGAAAAUCUGUUGAAAGUCAAACAGCGUUCAAAGAGUACUUUCAAAAGUACCAACACUUCAAAAGUGUCAGAGAGAGACAUCACGGAAAAGGGCACACUUCUGUAUAUACUUUAUUGAUAUUAUUCAUGAUAUACUGGCAUUAAUACAGGCCACAAAUGUCAACGACCUAGAUAUGAAAAUAGGAGUCUGGCACAAGUUGUGCCCACUAUUAUUUGCGUUUAAUCAUAUAAAGGUAUAUAGGUGAAGCCAUCAAUGACCGACUUUGCAAAUUUUGUUCAAGCAAUACUGUUGAAAAUGAGUCGCAUUUUUUAUUACA